AUGGCGGAUUUGAUCCUCAACGUGGACUUCGCCCCCUCCGAGCGCCCCAGGAAGAAGGAGACCGGCAACCGAAAGCACAAGAGCUUCCUGCAGCGGCGGCGGGCGCUGGAGCAGCGGGGCGUGCUGAAGCAGAAGCAGCUGCCGGCGGUCCCGCCGCCGCCCGGGAGAGGCUCCCAGAAGAAGCCGGGCCCCGGGGGCAGGAGGGGCAGCAGGCAGGGAGCGGCGGCCGCGAGAGGCCCGGAGAAGCCGAACUCCAUCCAGCCCAAGCCGUGCCUCGAAGCCAACGGUCCCGCGUCCAUCGCUCCGCCCGGCGCGGCCGCGCAGAACGGCUCCAGAGUGACGGGAGUUCCCUCGAAACCAAAGACAACGGCCCGCGGCACGGCCAAGGGGAACCAAAGAGCCCCCGCCUUCCCCGUGCAGCCCAGCAAACUGGUGGCCAUAGACUGUGAGAUGGUGGGCACGGGGCCCGGCGGGCGCACCAGCGACCUGGCCCGCUGCAGCAUCGUGGGCUACCAGGGCGACGUCGUGUACGACCAGUACAUCCGCCCCGCCGCCCCCAUCGUGGACUACCGCACCCGCUGGAGCGGCAUUCGGCGGCAGCACAUGGCGAACGCCGUCCCCUUCAACAAGGCUCAGCAAGAGAUCCUGCGCAUCCUCUCCGGGAAGAUCGUGGUCGGCCACGCCAUCUACAACGACUUCAAGGCACUCAAGUACUUCCACCCCAAAGCGCUCACCCGGGACACGUCCAAAAUCCCCUUGCUGAACCGUAAGGGUGGCUUCCCGGAGAACGUCACCGUCUCCCUGAAGCGCCUCGCCAAGGAGCUGCUGCACAAGGACAUCCAGGUCGGGAAAAGUGGCCACUCCUCGGUGGAAGACGCCCGAGCCACCAUGGAGCUCUACAAGAUGGUGGAGGCGGAGUGGGAGCAACACCUGAUGCUGAACCCCGAGCAGGAGUGACGGCUCCACGGACCGAUCCUGCACCCCAAGAGGGGCCUGGAGCCCACGGGGAGGACCAGCGAGCGCCAUGGGGCCGCUCCAUCCGUCCGAGGGGCCGCUCCAUCCAUCCGGGCGAGGUAGCGGGGACGGAGAGACGGUGGGAGCAUGGAGCUGGCCGUGACCAUCCCUUGUCCCUG